AUGUUAACCUAUCCCUCUCCAGACCUUCUCAGCGUGCAGGCCAUGGAGCACUUCAAUCCAAUCCAAAACGCAGUCUCAACGCCAUGGAAGGUGCAGAUCAACAGCGAACAGCUUUCAAAGCUCAAAACUGAUCACUGGCCGGAGGAAAUGGAGGACAAAUGGAUGGUCUCUUCCGAAACCCGCGAGGGCAAGACUCUCGUUCACUUUGCUCGUAGCUGGACCGGCAAAGACAUGUUCAUCUUGACCAUCGAGGAGGCCGGUGAUGAAGGGGCUCAGAUUGAGACUCUGACGUGGAAUUCGGGUGAUGACGACACCCCGAAGAGUGAUGAGGCCGAGGCAAAGGCGAUGGUGAUCCGUCUUUCCAAGAGCCUACUCGGCUGUGAAUUGUCAUGA